UUUGGUGAAACACAAAUUGCACAAAAAUUUCCCGAAAAUAUGCCUUUAGUUAUUAGAGACUUUCUCGAAGUUUUAUGUAAAAAAACAAAUGUUAUUAAAAAAAAAUUUAUUAUCUCUUUUGAUGAAAUAUCUAUGUGGUUCAACAUGCCUCAGAACUUGACAAUAGAUUUUCAAGGUGUUCGUGGGGUACUAAUCAAGACCACAGAAAGUGAUAAAUUGUGUUUCACUAUAGUUUUGGGCUAUAUAGCUUCUGGA